ACUCCAAGCAACAGCUGGGGAGAACUGACUCCUGGUGAGGCAGCAGAGCUGCCAGGCGGUGGGAAGUGAUUUAGGGACCCCUUGCGUCCCUUCUCCCGCCCCAGGCGCCCCCCUAAACUUCGACGCCUGCUGUUGCUUAUAGGCCAAGAAAAUAAAUCAAAAUGGCAAGCAGCAAGCUUCAAGGACACAUGGGUCAAAACAAGUUGGUUCAAAUGCUGAAAGGAUUCCAAGGUGGCAGGUUCCUACCACCUAGACUGGUCUCAGAAGAGGAAGCCAACAAAAUGCCCAGUCCCUCUGAAUUUCUGAAGGAGAUGUCCCUCACCACGGAAGAGCGGCUAUCUUCCACUCGAGUGAUGUGCCGGCCACAGAUUACAGAGCUUUUAGAUAUGGGAGAAACCACUCAUCAAAAGUACUCAUCGAUUGACCUGGAUCAGACAUUAUUCCAGCCCUUCCCAUCGGAGAUUGUAUUUCAGAACUAUGCUGCUUGUGAAGUCUAUGAAGUACCAUUGAUUCUUAGGAACAAUGACAAAAUUCCAAGACUGGUGAAAAUUGUUGAGGAGAGUUCCCCUUAUUUCAAAGUCAUCAGCCCCAAUGAUAUUUGUAACAAAGUAGCCCCGGGAGUGCCAUCUACAUUCCGGAUCCUUUUCACUCCAGAAGAGAACAAGGAUUAUUCCCAUGUGCUGACCUGUGUCACUGAAAGAGAAAAGUUUAUCGUGCCUAUUAAAGCUCGAGGGGCCCGGGCCAUUCUCGAUUUUCCUGAUGAACUGAACUUUGGCAUUUGUCCCGUCAAACAUAAAACCGAGAAGGUUCUUCUAGUACGGAAUAUUGGCAACAGGGAGGCUGUGUUCGACAUCAAAGUCGGGAGUCCCUUUUCUGCAGAGCCAUCUGUCGGGACCGUGAACGUGGGGGACACCGUGCAGCUGUCGGUGGAUUUUGAGCCACUCACCUUAGGAGACCACAGUGCAAAACUGAUCGUGAACUAUGACACAGGAGAAAAGGUUGCUGUAAGCUUGUAUGGAGCUGGUGCAGAUGUGAAUAUUAGACUGGACAAGAAUUCUUUGACCAUUGAAAAAACCUAUAUAUCUCUGGCCAAUCAAAGAAAUAUAAUCAUUCACAAUCGAAGCAAUAUCAUUGCAUAUUACCAGUGGAAACUAUAUGCUACCCAAGAAGAAGAGGAUGGAAAAAAAUCUAGGCUCUGUGAAGACCUGAUCAUUGAAGAAGAGAAGAGGAUGGAACAACUUCUACAAGAGUGUAUCCUUGACCCCUCCCUCCGAGAGCAUCUUUCUGUUAUUUCUCAUGCUUUUCAAAAUCAGAGACAGAGAAUCAUGAGCAAUGAUAUGCUCUUCUUUGGAAAUAUUUUUGUGGUCGAACCAGUGGAAGGAGAGAUUUGGCCCAAUUCAGCAGCUCAAAUCUCUGUGACCUUUUACCCUCGAGAAGCCAUACUUUAUCAGCAAACAAUUUACUGUGAAAUUACAGGCCGGGAGACCCGGUUACCUCUUCGAAUCAAAGGGGAAGGAAUGGGACCUAAAGUUGUCUUCAACUUUGACACGUUGGAUAUUGGCAAAGCUUUUGUUGGAUCAACACACUGCUAUGAGACCAUUCUGUCCAACAAAGGCAGCAUUGAUGCCCUCUUUAAUUUGGAUCCUCCAACAACACCUUUGGGUUCCUGUUUCAUCUUUAACCCCAAAGAAGGUAUUGUAGAGCCCUCCGGGGUACAAGCCAUCCAGAUUUCCUUCAGGUCGAGCAUCCUGGGACAUUUCAGGGAGGAGUUCCUAUUCAGUGUCAAUGGAUCACCCGAACCUGUGAAACUAACCAUCAGAGGCUGUGUCAUUGGACCAACUUUCCAUUUUAAUGUUCCAGCCUUAGAUUUUGGUGAUGUGUCCUAUGGGUUUCCUCGUUCUUUGACUUGUUCUCUCAAUAACACAUCUUUGAUUCCCAUGACCUUUAAACUCCGUGUGCCCGGUGAUGGUGUUGGAGACCCAAGUAUUACAAGUGUGGAACAGAUUUCAGACAUCAGAAGACCAUCAUGGAGCAAUGAAUGGUCAACAGUCAUCAAACCACGAGAAUUCACCAUUAAACCCAGUUCGGGCUCCAUCCGCUCCCAGGGAUUUGUUGCUAUUCGGGUAACCCUAUGUUCCAACACUGUGAAGAAGUACCAGCUAGCUUUAGUGGUGGACGUAGAGGGCAUUGGCGAGGAAGUACUGGCACUCCUCAUUACUGGAAGGUGUGUUGUGCCUAAGCUCCGUGUGGUUAAUCAGGAGCUAAACUAUGGAUACUGUUUCCUGAAAUAUCCUUACCAGCAAACGGUGCAACUUGUCAAUGAUGAUGACCUCCCAGGAUGCUAUGGAGUUCCCUUACAAGAAUAUGAGGAGACACCUAGUGUACUUUUUUCUAGCCUGAACCCUUGUGGGAUUAUCAACCCCCACAGCACAAUAGAGUUGAUACUGGUCCUGGAGACUCAGGUCCUUGGAGAAUACCACUGCACAGUUCAAAUCACCACCUUUGGGAGCAAAGACCCACCACUGACUGUCCAGUUAAGGAGUGUUGGAGAAGGUCCUGUGGUCAAUGUGUAUCCAGACAAAAUUGAUUUUGGCAGCAUCUACGUCUUAAAGGAAACGUCCAGGUCACUCCAUCUAUCCAAUCAGUCUUACAUUACUGCCUUCUUUUCUGCACAUUUGGUUAACAAAAAGUCCCUGUGGAAGAUUUUGCCAGAGGAAGGCAUCGUUCCUCCAGAAACUGAAAUUGUCCUGACGGUGACUGCGAACUUAGACGACAUGCUGCUAUUUAAAGACGUGAUCAUUUUGUCCAUUCAGAAUAGCAACAACUACCAUAUCCCUGUCCAAGCUUUGGGGAAGGGCACCACAAUUGUUUCUGAUAAACCUUUUGCUCCAGAACUCAACUUAGGGGCUCACUUCAGCGUGGACCCCUUUUUCUAUAAUCUAAAAUUGACAAACAAGGGACGCCGAUACCACCAGCUAUACUGGAUGAAUGAAGGCUUCCGUCACUGCCAGAAACAAACCAGGACAAGCAUUUCCAAUGAAGUUCCCAUGCACCAGAACGUUUCACAGGUCGUCGAAUCAGAAGGACCGGUAUUUCAGGUUCACCCUGUCAGAAUGGAGCUAGGUCCAGGCCAAUCAACUGAAUUGGUGUUGGAAGGAUUUUCUGAUUCUCCAAAGGUAGUCAAGGAACGACUGGUGUGUUAUGCCAUCAUUGGCGGAAACGUAAGGAAGACACAGAUCAUGACAGUCAAUGUUAAUUGUGAGUUCAUCGCACCCAUCAUACAACUCUCAACCAAGCAGAUCCUAUACCACCUGGAAAAGGAAGCGCAAAGCGAGCUGGAACCAGAAUUCAAGCCUCUCACCCUAAAAAACGUCUCCUCUCUGCCAGUCCGGGUGAUUCUGUCCACCAGAGAGCCCUUCUACCUGUGCGACGUGGACAAGUCCAUUCUGUUCCAGCCCUGUGGGCCUAUGGAAAUGGCCGUUGGAGAAGAGAAGAAACUGUUGGUCAAGUUUGAUCCUUUCAUGCGAAAUGAUUUAAACCAAUGGGUAGCAGAAGAAGUCCUGGCCAUCAAGUAUUUAGAGCACCCCCAAGUGGACCAGAUGAGCCUGAGAGGAGAAGUGCAUUUCCCUAACCUCACCUUUGAGACCAUGGAAUUGGACUUUGGCUGCAUCCUGAACGAUACCGAGGUGAUUCGCUACAUCCAGAUGGUCAACUGCAGCCCCCUGAUGGUGAAAUUCCGAUGGUCCUUUCUCGUGGACAACAAGGAAAACCAGAUAAGGUUUGUAACAGGACAGCGUAAGCCAUACACUGCCCCAGUUCGUGUUUGGUCACAGCCAAUGGAGCCCCCCCAAACAGAAUUACUUCCAGGAGCACCAGAACAAGCAGGAGCAUCUUCCUCAACACCAGCAAUUGAUACAGAAGAAUUUGUUGAUCAGAUCAUAAUGAAUGAGAAUAACAUGAAUGAAGAAGAAAAGAAGCUUCUAACCCCAUCAAUUCCAAUAAAAUCAAGCUUUGAGGAAGUAGAUAGAGAAGUUUUGUCCCAGAGCCAGGUGGAAUUCCAGGACAACCUGUGGGUCUUUGAACCAGAUGACUCACUUGCCAUUGGAGUGGAAGAAGUAUUUGACAUCUUGCCCCUCUAUGGAGUAUUACCACCACUUAGUAGUCAUCAAGUGUCCUUCUCAUUUUAUGGGCACUGUGACAUCAUUGCUCAGGUGAAGGCCCUGUGUGAAGUGGAGGGAGGCCCCACCUAUGAGAUUACCCUGAAAGGAGAAGCUUCAUUGGUCAACUAUACAUUUGACACAAAGGAAAUUCAUUAUGGACUACAGAUGUUUGACCAAGUCAUGGAAAGUGAAAUCACCCUGAAAAAUGUGGGCAAAGUUGGCUUUGAGUUCAAAAUCAUGGAUGGGUAUCAGAAUUCUGCAGAGAACCCUCGACCGGGAGUGCCACUGAUAAUGCCUCGCUCUGGUGUCAUUGAAUCAAAAAAAGAACAGAUAUUAAAGGUUUAUUACCUUCCUGGAGUUCCUGAGGCCUUUGAGAGAAAUUUUCAGGUCCAGAUUGCCCACCUAGAACCAGAGACCAUCACUGUGACAGGAGAGGGCAUCUUUCCCCGGAUCUGCCUGGAUCUCCCAAGGAACAUCAAAGGAAAUGAAAAAUAUGAGGAAUUUUUAAGAGAGGCCAGAAAAAAUCUAGGAAAGAAGAUCAGCAAAGAUAUGUUGUCCGUCUUCCCCGAUCCAGGAACCGAAACCACCGGAUCUGAGGAGGAUUUUGUGUUAGAUGUCCAACUCCAGAUGGAGAUAGAGAGGUUGAUCAUCCAGAACCAUGCUUUAGAGCAGCAGAAAUUGUUCGAUCUGGAGGAUUCUUUCUUCAGUUCUCGAGCACGCCGUCGAUUGCUCAAGGCGCAGCUUCCCGAGUACAUCCUUGACUUCGGCUACAUAAUUCUCGGUGAAAUACUCACCCACUAUGUCAAAAUCACCAACACCAGCAAUUUGCCGGUAUCUUUCCAGGCGGAAAAGGGCGCCCUCCAUGACACAGGCUUCAGUGUACAUCUGGACCGGGUGAAGAACCUGCCUUUUUGUGAGUCGGAAACCUGCGAAGUGCGAUGCGACCCCCAAGCGGCCAACGUGUCUGUCGGAAGCAAAGAAGCGAUUCUGCCCAUCAAGGUGUCCGGUGGGCCGACGCUGCACAUCUGUCUGCGUGCCAAGGUGACCACACCGUCUCUCUCCUUAUCUCACGACAAAGUGGAGUUUGGCACCAUCCAGUGUGGGCAGUGCCAGGUGGUAACCAUCCAGCUCUACAACGAUCUGCCCGUCUCCUGCGAGUGGAGCAUCCACAACCCGAGGCAGGUCUCAAAGCUGGACAAGCGCAUGCCAAAGUACUUAAGGAGGAAACUACUGGCAGAAUUAAAGCCAAAGCGUCAAGCCUUUGAUGUCCUGCCUGUGUCUGGAAUCCUGCAUAGUGGGGACCGAAAAAAUGUGCAGGUCAAGUUCAUGCCGUCAGAAGAGAAAUUCUACAGCCAGUGCCUGACGGUGAAUAUCGCUCACAGUACCCAGAAGCUGAGCUUGUUUGUGCAAGGCUAUGGUCUGGAGCCCCGCCUGGAUUUUAGCCCCUCUGUCCUAGAGUUGGGGCCUUUGCUGCCUUAUGCUCCUGGUGAUGAGGCAGAGGUCAUUGUGAAGAAUCCUUGUGAUUUUCCCAUUGAGUUUUACUCCCUAGAAUUUGAUCAGGAAUAUCUUUUAGAAGAAAAGAUACUUCGAAACCUAAAAGGUUAUGAUGCCUGUAAUACUAUUCUCCUACCACCUCGUGCCCCAGGAGAAAAACUGCCCCCUGAAGUGCAUGAAUAUUAUAAGGAGCUAGUACGCUUUAGAGAAGAACAAAAGAACAAGGCUGGGGAAUUCCAAAUACCGGAUAAUGCUGAAGAGGAAGGAUCCCAUAGCACAGAGCAAGGAACCUGGUCAAGUACAAAGCGAAUAUCUCUUAGCCAAGGAGUCUCUGCUUCCUCCAAUAUGGAAGAACGACAUGGACUUGACAUUCGACAUUACCAAGAAGAAGAAGAGGAAGAGGAUAACUUGGACAGAUUUUUCUCCCAUGUGGGUGAAAAAACACAAAGUGCCAGUGACAGCCGUUCUGUGGAGGAAGUUGGAGAAAUCGAUCAUAACCCAGUGAGCAGAUCCAUAGCUCGGCACCUGGGUAUUUCUACUUCUCCUGAAAGCCACACAGCCAACAAGCACCAAAGAGGCAUUGCCAUCAUGGUACACGGAGCUCCAGUGUCAGGAAAGACCGCCGUUGCCAAUAGCCUUGCCAAAUAUUAUGGGGCUGUAUGCCUAACACUCGAUUCCAUAGUGCUAGAUGCUCUGUCUGAUUCAAACAGUGUCCCUGGAAUCCGGGCCCGAGAGCUUUGCAUGAGGGCAACCAUGGAGCAGAGCAUCCGAGAUGGGGAAGAGUCAGUAAAGGAGGCUGGCAUGAAUACAGAGAGCUCUUUAGCACAGACAUCUAUUGGACUGUCAAGAAUAAGCAAUGAAAAUUUGGCCAAGCACACCUCAGAAGCAACUCUGGUCUCCCCUGAAACCCGAAAUUUCACCAAAGGCAAUCGGGGAAGUGGUCAAACCAAUAAGACCAAGUCAGACAGCCAUGGUUCUGGGUCCCAAAAACAACAUCAUCAGAUGCACCAGUCAGAAACAUCUGGAUCACAGGUUCCUUCCAGCCCCCUCACCUAUACACCUAUUCAGCUCCGGAUCAUGGGCAGCACCAGUGAAGGAGAUAUGGGAUUCUUCAGUUGUGUGCUUCCUGAGGACUUAUUUGUGCAAAUCAUAGAAGAGAGGUUACAGCUCAGUGACUGUUACCGAGGGGUAGUGUUUGAUGGAAUAGAAUCAGUCUUUGCCAGGAAUGCAGUCUCUUCUCUCCAGUGUUUGCUCAGAGCCAUCAACAACCGAGAGCACAUAUAUUUUAUCAACCUGUCUCAGGAUUACACUGUCAUGAAGGCUCGGGAGAAAGCCAAACAGGAACAGGAAGAGCAGGAACGUCUGGAAACUAUUGCAAAAGAGAAGGCUCGCCUUCAAAAGAUGGAUGAGGAGGAAUAUGAUGCCCUAACAGAGGAAGAAAAAAACAUGUUUGAUAGAGAAGUUCUGGAGGCCAUGCGGGAGCGAAAAAAAAGGAAACAAGAGAAAUUAGCUCGGGAGCUUCAGGAAAAGAGACUGCAGCAGGAACUUGAACGGCAACGGGAGGAAGAGGAGAUGAAAAAGAAAACCAAAAAAAAGCGAGAGCCUACCAAAGAAGAGCUUACAGGGAAAAAAAAUAUGCCCAAGCAGAGUAUCAAUGCCAAAGGAGAAGUCAAGUCAGAGUUGUGGCUAGACAGGAAGGUCUCGAUGGUGAAAGAUCAUUUAACUGAGGAGAAAAAAGAGGAAAAAAGGAGGAAGAGCAAGCAACUGCUGGGGGAAACAUUGCCCUUACAGCCUCUGGUGGAACAUGAAGAAAGCGAAAAGGAUUUAUUGAGGGAGAGUGAGAAACAUGUCAUCCACAGGUUCAAGAUCUAUGAGAUGAACCUGAAGGACAUUCAACAAAUCUUGAUGUUCUGGGACCGGAAGCAGGGUGUCUGGGUCCCUCAUGCUGGUACUGAAGAGAUCCAUCAUGACACAGAAGACCAAAGACAGGCCCCCACUGUACGGAAGGGUCGAAAGGAUCGUGAGAAGGAGCGUCUAGAAAAGCUGGAGAAGGAAAAGGCAGAGAGGGAGCGCCUGGAGAAGGAAAAGGCCGAGAAGGAGCGUCUAGAGAAGCUCAAGACAACGGAAGACAGGAGUGAUGUGUUAGAGGUAGAGGAAGAAGACCAUGAAGGGAAGAAGGAAUUUGGUGUGCCUAUCUUGGAGUUCCAGCCAAGUAUCUCAGAGGAGUUUACCUGUAAGCAGGUCCUAGAGUCAGAGAGGUUGCCAAAGAUCGAACAGAUGGUAGAUAUCCUGGACGUUACGGUGGUCGAGCUACCAAUCCCCCCUCCUGCUCUAUUCUCCAUCAUCCAAUUCCCAGCAAAAAGGGUGCCAGUGAUCACAACAGAAAUUCUUAAACACUUCACUUUUGUUGUUCCACCAAGUGAAGAAACGUCAACAACAGAGGAAAAGAAGGAAAAUGAAAGCGAAUCUGACAUUUUCACCGGUACCCUGACACCAAAGGAAGAACAGCCCACCCCAUCUAGGCGACAGAGAAAAGAUAAAGAUGGGGGCCCAGUAAAGGAAAAGCGUGGACGUGGUACACCAAUCACCAAGAAGAUUCCUCAGGUUUUGCCCUCUGGCAACAUCACCCCCUUGGCAACCUUGGACGAGAGCACCUUCACCACAACUCAAAUCCAGGACAAAUUCGUGAGGCUGAGUAAUUUCCGUUGGAUCGUCCCAGCCCACGGAGAGGUGACGCUCCGAGUACACUUCUCCUCCAACGAGACCGGAAACUUCGACCAGACUUUCAACUUUGAGAUUCUCGGGACCCGCCGCCAGUAUCAGCUGUACUGCCGAGGAGUCUGCACGUACCCUUCCAUCUGCCGAGACCCCAGGGUGGUAUUCCCUCAUCGGAAGAAGGACUGGAAACCUGACGAGACUGUCUUUAAGAAGUAUGUAAUAAAUCAGGACACCUUUCACUUUGGGCCAUUGCUCUGUGGGAAAUCGAGAGAUAGGUACAAGGCAGUCCAGUUCCCAGACAAUAUGGAAAAGCUAACAAUCCUAAACAAUUCCCCACUAACUUCAGAGGUGACGUUCCUUUUCCAGCAUGAUGUCAAAGCCAACACCUACAUCCUAGAUCCACCCUUCAUGAUCCUCAAGCCAAAUGAGAAGCAGGUGCUGUCCGUGUGGGCAUACCCAACUGCCGUGGGCUUAUUUGAUGACAGUAUCGUCUGCUGUAUCAAGGAGAACCCAGAGCCAGCUGUCUUCAAGAUCACUUGCCAGGGAAUCCGACCAGAACUGGAACUGGAUCACAAGCAGCUGCAUUUUGAAAAGCUAUUACUCCAUAGGAAAGAAUCCAAGAUUAUUUUCUUGAAGAAUGUUACCCCUCUGCCUGUUGCCUGGAGGAUCAGCAGCCUAGAACACCUGGGGGAUGACUUCAGCGUCUCCAAAACACAAGGGGUAAUCUAUCCUGGGAGUGAAUAUUGCUUGCAGAUACACUUCCAGCCCACCAAAGCUGUCAACAUCAAGAAGGCAAUUCGCUUAGAGAUUUUAGAUGCAGACUAUCUCAUUGGAGUUGUUCAGAUUGAAAAUAUCCAGAUCUUUGCCGAAUCAUAUGACAUUGCGUUGGACAUCACUUUUCCCAAAGGAAAUGAAGGAUUCUUAGAUUUUGGUGUUGUUAGAGUGAUGGAAGAAGUUAAACAGUUUCUGGCAUUGAAGAACAAAGGAAAAUAUGAAAUUACAUACAGCUUUAUUCUGGAACCCCUGCCAGCUAACCUACCCAAGGUGAACUCCAUCAUCUCCACCCAACCCAAGAGAGGAACGCUGACCACAACAGAGCGGCCCACCAAUAUCCAAGUGACGUUCCGGUCAAAAAGAGAAAUCAGAAUUGACAGCAAACCCAUCCUCCGCUGUCAGAUUAUUGAACCCAAUAGCCUAGAAGGAGGUGAGGUCAUUGCCAGCAUUCCCAUCAAAUUUUCAGUGAAUGCAGUAUUCUCCAAAUAUGCCAUCAGCCCUGCUUCAGUCAUCAACUUUGGAGCCCUGGUUUGUGGCAGCCGUAAAACUUCCAGCUUCAACAUUGAAAACCAAGGUGUCCUGGACUUUAAAUUCAGCAUCAGUAGACUGAACAGGGAUGCUCCUUUGCUUCAUGGCAGGAAAAUAGGAGGCCACCCCAAGCAUGCACGAUCCAAAGAAAAUGUCAGCUUUUUCAGGUUCUCCACUACCAGAACUGUCAAAGGCAAUGAGUCACUACAAAAAGAGCUAAGUAGCAUGAACCAAGCUCGUUUCACCCUCAACAUGUUCACCAUCUACCCUGGAUUUGGAUCCAUCCCUCCUGGAGGGCAGCAGAGUAUCACAGUGGAUUGUAUUGCUGACCCAGUUGGGCGAUGUGAAGAGUAUCUGGCCAUUGAGAUCUCGGACAGAGAUCCAAAAGACCAACCAAAUGGCAUUCAAUAUACUUUGAUAGCUGAAGCCUGUUUUCCAGCUUUCGUGACGGAUGACGUGGCCUCCAUCUUCGAGGAACAUCUGAUAUGUAAAAACAUUAACCAGUACCAGUUUCUGCAAGCUGUGGAAAGUAGAGGAGUGUUCUUUGAGGACGAGAACAAAUUUAUGUUUCGCAAUGUCCUGGUGGGACACCAAGGCAAAGCUCGAUUCAAGAUCAAUAACGUAGGAAAGAUUCCGUGUGACGUCAGUUUUUCUGUCAAGCCAACCUCUGUCAAGUCUAUGUUUCGCAUCAGUGACAUCUUUGAAGUGGAACCCAAUAAGAUGUGCAUCAGCAGCCAUUCACAGGCUUUUGCCACAGUGACCUUCACGCCACCGACAAUGCAGACCUUUCAAUGUGUCUUUGAAGCCUCCUUAGAUGGUCUACCCAACUUCCUCUCCAAGACCAGAAACCUCUCAUUUGAUAUUGUCGGAGAAGGGAACCUACCCAGAGUGAUGAUUAUUCGACCUGUUCUCUAUAAUCAGAAAGGAAACCCCCUCUUCCUGUUUAAGAGACUCCUGGUGGGCCAGUCAGAGAAGCUCCCUCUUAUCCUUAAGAAUAACGGUACUAUCCCUGCCCAGCUCCUUAUUGAUUUGAGGGACAGCACGCAGACCUUCUCCCUGAAAGGCAGGCCCUCCACCAAGUAUAUCUAUAUCAUAGAGGAGAACAGCCCUACCGAAAUAGCCAAGAAAGCUCAUACCGCCUCCCUCAUCAUUUACCCUGGAGAGACAGGCGAGCUGGACGUUCAGUUCCAACCCGACAAGCCGGAAAGAAUGACGGGCACCAUCCGUUUGACCGUGAUUAAUAACCAGUAUGAAGAGACCAUUUUCCAGAUGAUAGGCGAGAGCUAUGAGGACGAUAUCACCCUGGACAACAUCCAUGGGCUUGUUAACUCCAAGUCAGACAUGGAAGAAAUCAUCGAGUUCACUGAUGACAAAAUGAUGGAGGAGUUUUUGUCAGCUUCCCGGAUGGCUCACCUCCAGUUUGGGGACUGCCAUAUUGACCAGACCUAUGAAGUGACCUUCACAAUGACCAAUCGCAGCAAAAAGAUUGUCGUGAAGUUUGAGUGGGCUGCCAUGAAUUCUCUUCAGUUCUCCCCACAGGUUGGCCACCUUCAUGCUGGAUGUGCCAAGGACAUCAAAGUGACUUUGAAGUCUAGUUCGCCCACCGCGUUCAAGAAAACCUUGAUAAAGUGUAAGAUCUCGAGAAUAAAAUUCCAGCAGCCUGCAGACCAGGUAUCAGACUGGGACGACCACAUGCGCACAGUCAAAUGGGUAGAUGCUGUGAGAAAUCCGAACACGGCCAUCUCUCCCAAAAAAAAAGUAAUUGAGACGGACCCUGAACCUGUACAUGUAGUUGUGGAUGAAAACUACCAAGAACUGGAUCUUCUCGUCAGUGCUGUGGUGGACUUUGCCUCCUUCCUAUCCCAAGUCAAAGAAGUGGCCUUUAAGGACACACUGGUUUUCCAGACCCGAAUUUUCGAGUUUGACUUGAUCAACAUAGGACCUGUGCAGCUGGAGUAUAACUGGCUGCUGUCUCCAGAUGAACCAACAAAGGCUGUCAGCUUCGCUGAUCAGGAAAGCAGCAAUGCUCCGAGUAAAACAGCUAGUCUAAUUGAACCAAGUCGCAAAGAAGUAGCCAGUAAAGGAAGUGCCAUAGAAAGUGCCUCAUCCCAUGCAUACAGUGGCGCCUACACCUACCCAUUCUCCAUGGAGCCUGUCAGUGGAGUCAUCCCAGCUGAUAAACGACAAACAUUCAAGGUGAAAUUCUCCCCGCUGGAAGUCGGCGAGUUUGAGAACAACUUAUGCUGCCAGAUCCCUAACCUUUUCCCAGGAGAUCAAAACCUAAUCCUAACUGUGAAAGGACGGAGCCUCUUACCAUUUUGCCAUUUUGAUCUGAAAGAAUCUGACUACAUCAGCAACCACAAGCGUAAUCCCGACUUAAGUGGACCGCGUGGGGGACCUCUGGAUCCCAGCACAAGGGUGAUUGAGUUUGAUGCCAUGGGUGUGGGAGCAAAGAACAUCCAGACCUUCACUAUUACGAAUCCUACCUCUGACACCUAUUCCUACCGAUGGACCUCAGAAGACAUUGAGAGUCUCCAGAACCCUCCCACCUUUACGUGCCUGACACAGGGAGGCACCAUCCAUCCAGAGAAAAAAGCAGAGAUCUCAUUCCUAUUCAUUCCUCACACUUUGGAUAUCAUAGAAUCAUUCUGGACCUUCAGCAUCCCUGAGCACAACAUCUCGGUCCCUUUCCUUCUGGUGGGCAAAGCCAUAGACCCUUUGCUCUCCCUGACUCCAUCUUACCUCACCUUCAGCUCCAUCCUUAUCGGCCACGAAGCCCGAGAAAUGGCAUAUAUAAUUAACAACGAGGACCAGGAUUUUAGUUUUGCAUUUGAAGAGGGUUCCUGCUUUUCUGAAGGCUACAUCAAUAACCUGGUUGUAAAGCCUAUGCAAGGCAUCGUCCCAGCAAAGUCCAGGGUACCCAUUGAAAUUUUCUUCACACCAAAGAGCCAAGGACAAGUAAACUUCAAUCUCAUCUGCCACGUGAAAAGGAAAGCCCAGUUUCUAACGUUAAAUGUCAAGGCGGAGGGCUAUUCUACAAAAGUAGAAAUCAGGUGCAAAGAAAGUGAUGGUUCAGUGAUCAAUUUAAAUCCCAAUGGGCCCAAUAUCAUCAGCUUCUAUGAGGUAGAAGUGAAUGAAUGUGUGCAGUGUGAAUUCACUUUAAUUAACACUGGCAAAUUCAGCUUCAAUGUCCUGUCAGAAAUUGGAGGUCCCAAAUCCCUACAACAAUUCUUUACAUUCUCCCCCUCUGAGACAAUGGUGGAAGCAGGACAGGGCGUCUCAGCUACCCUUUCUUUCCAACCUGAAAAGAAGUGUUUCGUGAAAGAUGUGGAACUCAGACUCAAGGUCACUCAUGGCCCCACCUUCGUCUGUGUCAUCACGGGCACAGCUGUGACUCCCGCCAUCCAGUUCUCCUUCUACAGUUUCAACUUUGGGACUUGCUUCAUCUAUUCACCUGGGAUGCCCUUGUACCAACAGAUGCUUGUAAUCACAAACAAUGAGGAGAAACCUAUUAGAUUCAUUGCUCUUCUGGUUUUUCUCAGCUUGGAUUGUUUGUACACCAACACAGCCCAGCUCGAAGUUUCUUGCGGGGUCGAUGUGAUAAAGCCUAGAAACCAUUUAGAAGUUCCAAUCACCUUCUAUCCUCGAGAAGCUAUAGCUUAUAACGAAAUCAUUCCCUUUGAAAUCAAUGGACUCUCAAAGGUUAAUGUUGAGAUACAGGGGAAAGGCACUGAGAUGAAGGUCUCAGUCCUAGAUCCGGAAAAUAAGAUCGUGAAAUUAGGAGCCAUAUUACCAAAGCACAUGGUCAAAAAAUACGCCACCAUCAUUAACAACAGUCUCAUUCCGCUGACCUUUAACCUAACAACAACGUUCUCCGUUCCAGAACUCACGGACCCCAAGAUUUUGACCCUGACACCUUGCACCAACAUUACCUUGAAGCCCCAAGAAGUCUGUAAAGUGGAGAUUGUGUUUUCCCCAAUGAAGCGGAUCCCCCAUUUUAACGAGGAGGUCCUUCUGGAGUUCACCGGGCUCCUGCGCUCCCUCUUUCUCCUCAACGGCUGCUGUCAGGCCUUGGAAAUCAACCUGGACCAGGAUCACAUCCCCUUUGGGGCUGUGGUGUUCCAAGCCCAGGCCACACGUCGACUCCUCAUGAUUAACACAGGGGACAUUGGAGCCAGAUUCCACUGGCAUGUCAAGAAAUUUGCACCUAAUUUCUCAAUUCAACCAGAUAAAGGCUACAUUACCCCUGGAAUGGAGGUUGCUUUUGAAGUGACCUAUCAUCCUACUGAGAUAGGCAAGGACAGCCUCUAUAAGAACUUGCCUUGCAGUGUCCAGGGGCGCAAACCUCUCCUGCUGACCCUGUCUGGAGCCUGCGUGAAUGUGGCUGGAAUAAAAGAGACAGUGAAUUUCAGCUGUCAGGUGCGCUCCAGACAUGUCCAGACCAUCAUGUUAUCUAACAGAACCAAUCGGACAUGGCAUCUCCGCCCCAUUUUUGAAGGCGAACACUGGGAAGGACCAGAGUAUUUCGUCCUGGAAGCCCAUCAACAAAAUAGGCCUUAUGAGAUUACCUACAGGCCCCUCACCAUGAAUGUGGAUGGUCGGAAGCAUUUGGGCACACUCUUCUUCCCACUCCCUGAUGGAACAGGCUUGUUCUAUGUUCUUCAAGGGACUGCCGAAGCUCCCAAAGCAAUAACCAAUAUCUUCCGGGAGGUGCCAAGCAAAACACCCUAUGUUGAGCUUCUGCCAGUCGAAAACUGGCUGAACAAGCUGCAGAGAUUCCGAGCCACAGUGGACAUGAUAAAGCCAGAGAAGCAAGACCUGAGCGUGACAAUCAAAGGCCUUGAUUACAUUGAUGUUCUGGCGGGAUCCAAGAAAGACUACAAGUUGAACUUUUUUUCUUACAAGGAGGGGCUGUUCUCUGCCAAGGUAACCUUCCGCAAUGAAGUGACCAAUGAGUACAUGUUCUACUUGCUGACUUUCAAGGUCCUCUCUUCUGGGAUCAUUAAGACGAUUGAGCUGUCGACCUUUGUUCGGCAGAGCACCUCAGCCUCCAUCAAACUGGAAAACCCCCUGCCUUAUACUAUCACCUUCAACACAGACUGCAGGGUGCCUGAUAUCAGCGUGCCCUCCCAGUUCUCGAUACCGUCCAAUUCAGAGGGUACACUAACAUUUGAAUUCCAGCCUCUGAAAGUUGGAGAGACUACCGGACGACUGAAUCUACACCAGAGUGAUCUGGGAACCUUCCAGUAUGAACUCAGUCUCAAGGCCAACCCAGCCUUGCCUGAGAAGCCAAUCUACUUCCAGACCCCUCUGGGUAGCAGCCAGCCCCUUAACGCUAAGUUCAUCAACUACACCCGCCAGAAGACAGAAUAUUCAUGCAAGACUGACAGCUUAGAUUUCCAUGUGGAGAAGGUGGUCCCUGCACCGGCAGGAGGCCAAUCUGGCACUGAAGUCAGUGUGGAAAUCAUCUUUGAACCUAGCCAGCUAGGUGAAGUGAGGGGUAUGCUCUAUCUCUCCUCCGCCAUAGGAGGGGAAUACACCUUCCCACUCAUUGGACUGGCUCAGUACCCUAAACCCCAAGGUCCCAUCCAAAUCAAAGCAGGUUUCUCUGCCACCAUCCCAUUUAAAAACAUAUUCCACCACUCAAUGGCCUUUUCCUUCAUUGUGGAGAGCCCAGCCUUCUCUGUCAAAAAUGUUGAAACUGUGCGUGCCAAGAAAGUCCACAACAUCUCAGUCACCUUUGAUGGAAACCCUUCAGGAAACAAAACUCCUGUCACCACCAAGCUCAUUGUGUCUGGCCUCCAUGCCACCGGUAAUGAAGCGGGAAUUAAGUGGAUUUAUUAUCUGAAAGGAAUCACCCUAUAGAAUUAACCAGGAGUCAGUUGCUUGUAAACCAACUAAAACCUUUUUCCUUGA